AUGUACUUCGCGUCUCCUAAUUUCGACAUCAGCGAUCAAGAGUGGUCAGUUGACAUGGGAAGGGGAUUCCUGGGAAGUCUGGCUGCUACAACUUGUGGAGCUGGACAGUUGAUUGAAAUAUUCAACAACUUCGUCAAGGCUUGCCCACUUUCUCUUGACACUGCUAUUCAGGUUUCCUGCUCACAUCACACUUCCUCAUCCCAGACCAGUCCACCACCCCUUCUUGUCAAUGCUGAAGCUCAAGCUCAGCCUAUGGAUUUGACUCCUGCUGCUACCACUACUUCUACCCUGGAUUCCCCAGCUUUCGAUUGGUCUGAGGAUGCCGCUGCCAUACCCAUUACUCCCAUAUUCCCUAAAAAUCAACCUUACCGCGACCUUUCAGCUGUCCGCACCUCCAAAGCCAACCCCUUCAGCUCAUUAGCACAUCGGAAUCGCUGUUCUCAAUUGCCUUUGGGAAAUUGUGACAUUUCUGGGCCCCAGCCACCAUUUCGGCCAUGUCAAGCCCCACCAUUCUCUCUGGGCUCACAAACUACUCCUCUUCAAUGCUUCAUUCCACUCUUCAACCCCACCACACUGCCAUUACCAUCAACCCCAUUGAAGAUUCCUAGUGCUCUUGAUUGGGAAUCCAAUCCAUGUCUCUUGGAUUUGAGUCGAGCAUUGAAGGCACUUGGUUGGAUUCAUCAGUGA